CCUUAAAUCGUUCAAUUGUUAGGAUGAACGCUUUUCAAAAUUGACAUGCCUUACGCAUAGUAAUUAUUGGAUAUUGAGGUGAUACAGUGCGACCCAGUCACAGCAGGAAAGGUGCUGAGGGGCGACGAAGCUAAAUUUUAUCUUCGUCCCCAAAGAAUUUUAUGUAAAAGCCGCAUGAGCAACAAAAUUUCCUUCCCCCCCAUCCCCCCUUUUUUUUAAUCCUGAUAGUGUAAAGACCUUUGUUUCUACCUCAUACUUAUUUUUUAUAUAAGCCUCGACUGCUGGUAGCAACUGACUUGACGAAGAAAGAGAAGAGAUAAAUUAAAACGCUCCAAAUGCGCGCAUCUCUAUGUCCCUCCCAAUGACCCUCCGCCGACUUCUCCCCAUUCUCCUCCCAAUCUCAACAACAUUAAUAGUCUAUCUAUACCUAUACCCGAUAUUCCAUGGCUGCAAUUUUCCCCCAACAGCCUCGAGCGCGUCUAGCAACCUUCAUUCCCUGCCUCCAAUCCUAAAUACCCUCCGCCAGCAUGUCGAUGUCCCUCACCUCGACACAUCCCAGUAUACCCCGAGAGCCCCUUUCCGCCUCCUUGUCCUCGCCGACCCCCAGUUAGAAGGCGAUUCCUCCCUACCAAACCCGAACAACCGCCUUCUAAAGUGCCUCGCCAACCACUGGGACGCGAUGAUAUCUGCGGAGACUUGGCCUGGCGCCCUGUUCGCGACCCAGCAGAGCGUCCGCGAUACGCUGCUCCUCGAUAUCCCCCGUUCGCUCAGAGCGAUGCGCAAGCGGAUAGACCUCUUCGGCAAUGACUUCUACCUAGCACAUAUAUACCGGUCCUUGCAUUGGUGGUCGAAACCGACGCAUGUUACUGUGUUGGGAGAUCUGAUCGGGAGCCAAUGGGUGACGGAUGGGGAAUUUGAAUGGCGCGCGUGGAGGUAUUGGAAUCGCGUUUUUCGCGGGGGGGUUAGGGUUGAUGAUGAGAUAACCAUCACGGGCCGUGAGGAUGUGCAUGGGAAGGAUGUGAAGGUGGUCGAAGAUUUAGUAUUGGAUGUGCAGGGUGACGAUGGAUCCGCUCCCUCUGGUGGACCGUGGGAGAAUCGCAUUAUUAAUGUUGCUGGGAACCACGAUGUUGGGUACGCGGGUGAUAUCACCGACGCUCGCAUGGAACGUUUCGAUAAAGCCUUUGGACGGGCUAAUUGGGAUAUGCGAUUUCAGUAUCGUGCUGCCCGGGAUAACUUUACGACUACACCUAACGGUACAGGCCUUACAACUAUUCCCACGAAACCGGUGGUUGGGGGAUCAUCCAGCACUACUACCCCCUCAAUACACGUUAUUGUACUCAACAGCCUCUUAUUGGAUACCCCGGCCUUUUACCCAUCGAUUCAAAAACACACAUACGAUUUCAUCAACGACGUGAUCCAGCGACGAUCCCACCCGGUCGGGGACCGGAGCGCGUUCACACUACUCCUAACCCAUCUUCCGCUCCAUAAGCGCGAAGGGGUAUGUAUCGAUGCUCCAUUUUUCCGCUUCUAUGACCAAGACGAUCCGCGUGCGACAGAGGAUCGGCCACCAAGGUUUAAAGCUGGGGGUUUGCGCGAGCAAAAUCAUCUCAGCGAACAUGCUAGCCAUCAUGGGAUCCUUCAAGGGUUGUUUGGUAUGAGUGGGGACCUGCAUGCUGCGGCGGGGGGGAUGGGCCGGAAGGGUCUUGUGUUAACCGGCCAUGACCAUGUCGGGUGUGACGUUCUACACUAUGCCAAUCGAUCUGUGACACCGGGUGAUGAUCCGGAAGGGGACAAGGUCCCCGGUUGGUCGUGGGCUGCGACGAGAUAUCCUAGAAGCGGCUCCGCUCACUCCUCGCUGUCAUUGCCGUUCCCAGAUGGUACGCCCAAUAUUAGAGAAGUUACUCUCCGCUCGAUGAUGGGGGCGUAUGGCGGCAAUGCGGGCUUCCUCUCCCUGUGGUUCGACUCUGAUCCUUCCGUGCAGGAAUGGAAAUAUGAGAUUUCCACGUGCCGUUUGGGCGUGCAACAUAUCUGGUGGGCUACCCAUAUUCUUGCGAUAGUCACGGCCGUUCUCCUUGUGGUUUCUGCAUCGUCCAGUGUCUGGGCCCGGUUGUUUGGUGGCCCAGCAAGUGAGGCAGCUGUCGAAUCGAGAGCAAAGGGGAAUAAGGGCUAAGUGAUUGGUAAUAAAGCGGAUGACUUAAAAAGGGUCCCCAAGAUGUGAAGAGCUCCACCACGUGAGGAUUCCACUGAGGAUGGAGAAGGGGAUUCAAAUGAUAAAUGAAGAACUGGGUUACUGAAUUUUAAGGACUGGACCCAUGCUUUCUCAAGUUUAGCAUCCGAAGGAGCAUUUGCAGCUUGUUUUCUAAUCAGCGGUGGACCUUAAUUCUUUACCUCUAUAUGUAUGUACAAUAUGCCGGGUUUAUUUUCUUGCUUUUAUUCACCUAUGCGUUUUAGGAGUAUGGAAGUAUACAGGGUAUUACCCUCUGUGAAAUUAUCUCUUGCUAAUAAUAUUACAUCUAAUCUGGCUUGUGCUGUAAAGCGGAUCAUAUAAACGAACAAUAUCUGUGGCUUUGUCUACGGGUCGAAAUAAACAGAAUAUAUCGCAAUCUAGGAGGCAAAUGCGGGCUACACAAUCUCUCUGAGUUCUCUCGGAUGGGUUUCAAAGGGAUCAUUUCUCAAAGAUCCCGCGUUGCUCUAGUUGUUACUGCUGUUCUUUUCUUCAUUUCUCCUAUAACUCUUUCAUAUACUUUCUCGCACCAGGGUAUUCCUAUCUAAGAAUUCGUCUUCAUUGUGUUAUCGUCGUUUCAUUGACUGGCUCUGCUUGUUCGAUUUCUCCUACGGAGGGAUUGUAUCGGACGGUACGGGUGGGUGGGACAUACACUACGUGCACACAUGGAAAAGCGGGAGGGGAGAUAUGGAGGAAAGAAAAGAAAAUGUUCAGUAGGGGGAAAAACACCAAGAAAGUGGGAAAGCGGAAGGACAAAAGAAAAUGAUGACAUUUGGUUAAACAAGUUUUGCGUAUCGCAUAAAAAACGCCUUGUAGGUAGAAAGAUUUGCUUUCAUUUUCUAAAUUACCACAUCCCCUCAACCAUUCUACACCACGACACCGGAGUUGGCUGCGAUACGCUGUGAUAAAAUGUUAGUAUGUUAUCUCACAUAUGGAAACCGAGGCGUGGUUAUUG